ACUUGAUCCAGCUGUUGUCAGGGCAACUAAUCUAACCAUGGCGAUAGUUUGUAUAAUUAAUUACUCUGCUGUGUAAACAUGGAGCAGGGUGUGAUGUUGGAUCAGUGUGUAGGUGCGUUGUGCCAGUCUUUAGGUCGUUCCCUGGGAGGGCCACUGUCUCUUCAGGAUGUGUGCGUACUGUUCUAUAAAGUGUUCCAUCUACAUACAGGCUUGGAGGAUGCACACACAGCUAUAAAGAAGGUUGCAGGGAAUGGUGAGGGUUUGUCCUGCGCUGAAGGAAAGGUUUUAGACGUUCUUCUAGAGAUGGAGAGAGAGCGAGAAAGGAGAGAGGAGAUCUUCUGGGACCUUCAGUUUCUCAAAACAGGAAAUCUCAGAGACCUGUACCACACAGACAGAACAGACACACAUACAAGAGACAGACACAACACGCAUCUCUACCGAGACUUGUACCACACCACUGAUUACAGGGAUGACGACCGAGAAACCAACAACCUGCCCACAGAGAAAAGAAAGAGGGACGGGGGGAAAGGAAAGGAAAGAGGUGUUUUUGAGUGGAGACUGAGGAAAGCUGCUAGACAGUGCUGGGCCAGACUGGUGCAGGAGGGUGUGUAUGGGGUCUUGCCUUCUCUGAGAUGUGGUCAGAGGUCAGGGGUGAGAGGUCAGGCGUUGGGAUGUGUCUCAAUGUCAGACCUCCUCCUUUUGGUGGGAGUGAAGUAUGACGCCGUCAUGCACACACUCUACACAGAGAUGCUGCAGGAGCACUAUGGGCUGGCUGUUUGGGAGACUCUGUUGCCGUGGGAGCGUGGACAAAGAGAGGCGGAGCUAGGUUUGCUAUGGGAGGAGGCUUGGGAGUCAGGUGACAUGCUGAGACUUUGUGACCUACCUGGAGCCUUCAGGGUGAACAGGUGCAGUGAGGGCGUGUCUCUAAGGGGCUGUCCUGAUCGGGUGAAACCAAGUGAACAGUCUUGGUCAGCUAUCUCUCUACUCACUGAAAUACACACCAGCCUUGAUCAUGAGAAAAAAACACUUACAGCCCUGGCAAAGAGGCUGGACAGGGAGACCCUGCAGCUGAUGGGACUGUACGCCAGCCUGGCCACCAUCAGAGCUCAGAGGGAGACAGUGUCCCAUAGUGCACUGCUAGCAGCCCGACAGGACUGGGGGAAAUGGCCCAGUAUGAAGAGAUCCCACAGUAUAAGUCAGGCUCAGCUCUGGCUGGAGAAAGAUGUGGAGGAGGAAGAAGUCAAGGACGAGGCCCCUAUCUCUCCACAACAGGUGGUGCUGAGGUGUCUGGUACUGAGUCAGGAGUGGGAAAGAAAGUGCCUGCUGAGGAUGCUCCACAGGGUCUCCCAAGAUGAAUUGCAAGGGCCAGGAGAGAAGAAGUCACCUACAGAGGGUGUGUUACCAGAGCAGGGCCAGCGGAGAGAGGCAUCUCUGAGAGAGGGGUUUAUAAAGAGGCUAAGACACACACACACCAUCCUCCAGCUCCAGUCCUGUCAUCAGCCCCCGCCAGUUCAGGGCUCUACCCCGCCCCAGUCCCAAUGGGGAAACUGUGCUUUGGUCCUGUUGGUUGAGCUGAUGGAUCUCCAUGAGGCCCAGGUCGCUGCAGUGCUGUCCGCUCUGCAGGAAAGGAGUGAGCAGCGCCUGUUGGCUCUGAGAACGGAAUAUGAAUCUGAACUCCGAGAGCCUCAUCUGCCCUGCUUGGUCACACUCCUCACCCGUGACCCAUGCCUGAACUCUGACCACUGCCUGGGGCCCUCUAAACUAAUUCCAGUCCAGAAGAGGUACUCAGCUGUCCUACCCCCAGACCUGAGCAGUGGUAAACCAGACGAUCAACACACUAAGGACCUUUGUACAGACUGUGGGACCACCAUGAUCCCAGAAGACCUGCCCUACCUGGAGAUCCUGUGUGUUUCACACAGCCUUGACUCGCCCAACAAAAACAAUGACUUCAACACACACACUGCAUCUGAAGAACUCUCUGCAGAGCAAGAGGUGUGUAAUAUGCCAGGGGCGAGGGAAAGCAGCCCCAGAAAGACUCCUCAGAGCUAUGAGAAGCAGGAUUCUCUCAUCGCUCUGGCCUGGAGCAAGCCACCCGAGGGAGACACGGAGCAGAACACAGGAACCGUGGACAUGUCUCCGGCAGAACAAGAAGUCGGUGUACGAGAAAAGAUUGGGCACUGUGGCACGGACAGCAGCCCCAUAUGCACACAGUACGACACACCCGGACGCAUCCAUUGCAACGGCACAGCUGGAAACAGACAGUGUGAGGACACAGCCACAAACCAGGUGGAAGUGUUGGACCGGUCUCUGUUCCAGUCCGACACUGUGGUUCAGCAGCUCUCCCUGCCUACAGACCAGCACCUGACCACAGGCCAGGAGCCAGAGCUAGGGCCCUCAGAGGAGACAAAAAGUGCUCCAGCUGAUGACACCUCUGUCACUGAGGUGAUUCCAACGUGGGACAGGUGCCGUCGGGGGUCAGGAGCGGACCGGGGGUCAGGAGCGGACCGGGGGCCUGAGGGACACAGUGAAGGCAGCACUGCGGUGGGAGCCAAUGGGAGUGCUCACCCGGGCUCUGUGGGCGGAGAGACGGAGCACUGGGCCCUGAGUGGACUUGUCCCCCCUACAUCAGACCAGGAGACCCACAGCACCCCACACACUACUCUGGAGGGAGACGAAGCAAUUGGGAGUGUAAUGGAGAGAGAGAGGACAUCGGAGUCUAUCUCUGUGAUGGAGAGAGAGAGGACAAUUCGCUGCCUGGUUGAUCUGCAGAAGAAGAUGGAACAGAAACAGAACAGAGACAGAGAGAGACAACUGCUGAGGGUCCAGGAGCGACUGUCAAUCAUCCAGAACAGGAAAUCCCAGGAAGACCUGAUGGGCCUCAGGCAGACUGACAGACUCCAACACCUCACACACAACCUGCCCCUGGAGGACAAGAGCCAGAAGACGGUGGUCAGAGAGAGACUGGAGCAGAUGAAGAGGGAACGCUCCUAUGUCAUGCAGUCCAAACGAAACAGGAACACAGCAGGUUUUAAGGAGCUGCUGGGCCCAGUGGGACUCCACGGUGUAGAGACUCAUGAUCCUUCUGACCGUACACCUAAUGAUUUACAGGCAGUCUAAUAUAGAUAUUUUGUUCAAAAUCAAAUGGAUGGUGGUGUUAUUCACAUACCAGGAACUUCAACUGGUAACCAGAGGCAACAGUAAACACCAUGUUAGCAGCAAAUGAUAGAGCUCCCAGGAUUUAUGCUGUGUAAACUACAAAAAAAAAAAUCUUUGCGUUUUAUCCUUCAAUCCAUCAACACACUACUACUGCCACUAAACCAGCCGUACUUGGAUUCAGUUCAGUCAGUUUUUGUGUGUGACUCGGGU